CUCCAGAUUCUUUACUUUCAAGAACAAGCGAAUACUUCAAUUCCGAAGCCUGCCGCGAUAACCUAUGGUGACGUACCUCGUCAGGUACCACUAGAUGAGAAUGGCCAUAAAUACGUUGGACUUAUCAAUCAGGCCAUGACGUGCUAUCUCAACAGUCUUGUGCAAUCUCUUUAUAUGACACCGGAAUUCAGAAACGCGAUAUACAGGUGGGAGUACCGCAGCAGUGGAAAAUCGGGAAGCAUCGGUGAACGUGAAGCGAGGAGCAUACCGUAUCAGAUUCAAAAGUUGUUCUUACUACUGCAGACGAGUGAUCUAGGUUCACUAGAAACCAAGGAUCUGACGGCAAGCUUUGGGUGGUCUAGCAAUGAAGCCUACGACCAACACGAUGUCCAAGAGCUUUGUCGGCUGAUGUUCGACGCUCUAGAGCUGAAGUGGAAAGGCACUCAAAACGAAAAGCUGAUUCAAAAUUUGUACAGAGGAAAAAUGCAGGAUUUCGUAAAGUGCUUGAAGUGUGGUCGGGAAAGUUUGCGAUCGGACGUUUUCCUUGAUCUUCCACUUGCCGUGAAGCCUUUCGGUGCCGUUGAAGCCUUUCGCAGUGUUGUGAGUUAUUACUCAGUAUCUUUUAACGAGGAAUAG